UAAAAGCGUUUAAUUGAUUGCGUUUGGUAGUAGUUGAUAGAGUUUAAGAUUAUCUGGUUGUGAGAAUUAGGUUGUGGUUAGAGUUAAAGUGUGUGAUGAAUGCGUCUGAUUAAUGUUUCAAUAGUGGAUAGAACUGAAUGCUUGUUAGAUAUAUGUCAACUCACCUCAAUGCUUGGUCUCUGUAUAAAGCUGUAUGCUUGGUGAGUUAAAUGCUUGUUUUAGCGUUACUUAAGGUGAUGGUUAAGUAAUAAAUACGUUAGCUAUAUGUCAGUUCAGUAUCAAUCGAGUAUGCUUAGUGAGUUAAAUGUUUGUUUCAGUUCAACUCACCUCAAUGCUUGGUCUCAUCUUCUUCUUUUUUCUUCUUUAAAUUCGAGUAUCAUUCUUGUCUUUCUUUUCAUCUCUCAACUCUGUUUCUUCUCUUUAUCUUCCAACAUCUUCUUCUCUCUUCGUUCUGCAAUUAGAAUAUGGAUUCCUAUAAUCCAUAUAGCCAGGGCCCUAAUUUUGUUGAUCUGCUUAACAGUCAACAAGAUUAUCCCCCUGAUGAAUUCGGUUCUUCGCAGCGCCCUGUCUUUACUUCCCAAGGUGCUGAGACAUCAAGCUUUUGUGAAGACUCACAUACCCAGCGCAAAGAAAGAAAGAAGUGGACUCCCGCUGAUGAUCUUGUACUCAUUAGCGCCUGGUUAAAUACCAGUAAAGAUCCUGUCGUCAGCAAUGAGCAGAAAGCCGGUGCUUUCUGGAGCCGCAUUGCAUCGUACUAUGAAGCUUCACCAAAGGUGGAAAAGGGUGAUAAGCGAGAACCUCUUCAGUGUAAGCAGAGGUGGCAGAAGCUGAACGAUCUUGUGUGCAAGUUCUGUGGAUCCUAUGCGGCUGCAACAAGACAGAAGACAAGUGGGCAGAGUGAGAGUGAUGUUGUGAAACUGGCACACGAGAUCUUUUUCAACGAUCACAAGCUUAAGUUUAACCUUCACCAUGCUUGGGAGGAGCUCCGCUAUGACCAGAAAUGGUGUGAGCAUGCUACUAGUAAGAUUGGUGGAAGCGCUAAGAAGAGAAAGUGUGAGGAAUAAUAAAUUUAUUCGGCAAUGAGUACCUCAGAAGACCAACACCGGCUGAUCUUCAACGUCUACUUGAAGUUGGCGAGUUCCGUGGAUUUCCCGGCAUGAUGGGAAGCAUCGAUUGUAUGCAUUGGGAGUGGAAGAAUUGUCCCACCGCUUGGAAAGGGCAAUAUUCACGUGGUUCGGGAAAACCCACGAUUGUUUUAGAAGCGAGACCGGAAGUUCACAUGUCGAUCUCGAUUAUUCUACGGAUAUGCCUACAAAUAUCGCCAAUAUGAUGGGUGUUCGAACUAGAAUUCGUGAUAGACAAAUGCAUCAACAACUCAAACAUGAUUUGAUUGAACAUUUAUGGAGUAAAUUUGGACGUGGUGAAGACAACAACUGAAUUCGGAAUGUUUCUUUCAAAUUAUUCUCGUUUAUUAUAGUAAUCCUUGUUUUUUUUUAAUUCAAAAUCUACAUUUAAAAUGUCCUCUUUUAUUAUGUUUUAUUUAAUAAAUAAAUUUUAUUUUAAAAAAAAAAUUAAGAACCCCUAAUUAAGAAACUA